GAUAUAGAAGAACCCAGAUGAGGACUGAUCGUUUCUUCUUCUUCUUCUUACUUUUCUUCUCUGUUCUUGUUCUCAAUUCCAUGGAUAUCACCACAGCCCAGAUUCCAGGUUUUACGAGUCUUGACUGUGGCGGUCAAAGCAAUUUCACAGACGAGCUCGGCCUUGACUGGACUCCCGAUAAUCAAAUAAUUUACGGAAUCACGAGUAACAUAUCUGUCACGAAUGAAACAAGGCAGCAAUAUCAAACGGUCAGAUAUUUUCCGGCAGAUAGCAGGAAAUAUUGUUACACACUUGACGUUAAAAGUAGGACUAGGUACCUUAUAAGAGCGACAUUCUUAUAUGGAAAUUUUGAUAGCAACAAUGUUUACCCGAAGUUCGAUAUCUCCAUGGGGCCUACUCGUUGGGCUACGAUCGUCAUUUCAGAUGCUAAUAUUAUUGAGUCUCAAGAACUGAUCUUUUUGGCUUCUGGUUCUACCAUUAGUGUCUGUUUAUCAAACGCUACAACCGGGCAGCCAUUCAUCUCUACACUCGAGCUCCGGCCAUUCAAUGGCUCAAUCUAUCUUACACCGUUUGAAAACCAAUUCUUUCUUAGCGUUUCCGCAAGAAUAAACUUUGGGGCAGAAAACGAAGAUCCCGUCAGGUACCCAGAUGAUCCGUUUGAUAGAAUAUGGCAAUCUGAUUUGGUGAAGAAAGCAAAUUAUCUAGUUGAUGUUGCUGCCGGGACGGACAGAGUGUCAACGGAAUUGCCCAUUGAUACCGGAAAAGACGAGCAACCACCUCAGAAAGUGAUGCAAACGGCUGUCGUUGGCCGGAAUGGAACGUUGACUUAUCGGAUGAACUUAGAUGGGUUCCCAGGCUUUGGUUGGGCUUAUACUUACUUUACGGAAAUUGAAGACUUAGCUCCCACCGAGACUAGAAAGUUCCGGCUAGUCCUCCCGGGAGCGCCGGAUCUUAGUAAACCGAUCGUUAACAUCCAAGAAAACGCUCAGGGGACAUACCGCUUGUAUGAGCCAGGAUUCGAAAACAUAUCACUUCCUUUCGUUUUGUCUUUUAAAUUCGGGAAAACAUCGGAUUCUACUCAAGGGCCACUUGUUAAUGCGAUUGAGAUUAGUAAAUAUCUCAAAAUAAGUGAUGGAUCUUUUGAUGGGGCAGUGGCUGCAAGCUUAGUGUCGGUUUACGAGUCGUUAGAUUGGGCUCAAGAAGGCGGUGAUCCAUGUCUGCCGGUUGCGUGGUCGUGGUUGGAGUGUAAUUCAGAUCCUGAACCGAAGAUUAUUUCAGUCAAAUUGUCUGGCAAGAACUUAACCGGAAGCAUUCCUUCAGAUUUGACCAGGUUGAGCAACUUAGAACAGUUGUGGCUCGAUGGGAAUGCAUUGACGGGUCCGAUUCCUGAUUUUACUGGAUGCCCAAACUUAAAGAUCAUACAUCUUGAGAACAAUCAGCUGAGCGGUGACUUGCCCUCCUCGUUAGCGGAUCUACCUAAUUUAAGCCAGCUGUAUGUGCAAAAUAACUUGUUAUCUGGUGAAGUGCCAUCGGGUCUUCUAAACAAGAACUUCGUCUUGAACUACACAGGAAACGUCAAUCUUAGUAAAGGAAGUAGCGGAGGGAGACGCAAUCGAAACAUUAUUAUUGGACUAGCAAUCGGGGCUAUUGCCCUUUUCUUAGGAUUCAUAACCUCGUGCCUACUCCUUCGUCAACGAAAGAAAUAUCCGAAACCAGGCAAGCUCACGCAACAACCUAAACAUGGCAUGCCUGUUAUGAGCAAUGCAGCCACAGAAGCUGCUCAAUGCUUCACGUUAUCCGAACUAAGGAACGCCACAAAGAAUUUCGAAAAGAAAGUGGGCUCGGGAGGAUUUGGCACCGUGUAUUAUGGAAAAUUAAAUGACGGAAAGGAAAUUGCUGUCAAACUUCUUGAAAGUAAUAACGUUUAUCAGGGCAAGAAAGAGUUUGCAAACGAGGUGACUCUUCUUUCACGAAUCCAUCAUAGAAACUUGGUACAAUUUUUGGGAUUUUGCCAAGAAGAAGGGAAGGAUAUUCUUGUUUAUGAGUUUAUGCAUAAUGGAACACUCAAAGAACAUCUUUAUGGACCUUUAGCUAGAGCACGAGGGAUUAAAUGGAUCAAACGACUCGAGAUUGCUGAAGAGUCUGCAAAAGGGAUCGAGUACCUUCAUACGGGUUGUGUUCCUUCCAUUAUCCACAGAGAUCUGAAAACAAGCAACAUCCUUCUUGAUAAAAACAUGAGAGCUAAGGUUUCGGAUUUUGGCCUCUCGAAGCUUGCCGUUGAUGGGACUUCACACGUAUCCAGCAUCGUUCGUGGCACUCUUGGCUAUCUCGAUCCCGAGUACUAUAUUUCAAACCGUUUGACGGACAAAAGUGACAUCUAUAGUUUCGGGGUCAUUCUUCUUGAGCUAAUAUCCGGCCAAGAAGCGAUUUCCAAUGAAAACUUUGGUAUCAAUUGCCGAAACAUCGUUCAAUGGGCGAAGUUGCAUAUAGAGAACGGGGACAUUCAAGGGAUCAUCGAUCCGGCACUUGGUAACGAAUACGACAUCCAAUCAAUGUGGAAGAUAGCCGAAAAGGCGUUAAUGUGUGUACAACCACACGGGAACAUGAGACCUUCGAUGUCCGAAGUUAUCAAGGAAAUCCAAGAUGCGAUCUCGGUAGAGAGAGGGGCCGAGGCGGGUGCACGAGAACGCAGCUCCGAUGAAAUAUCGAGGCACUCGAUCUUGAACAUGGGGUCGCUUGAUAAGUGUGGCAACAACGAUCAAGAUUUUUCUAUCGAUGAGUCCAUCACUCGACCUGGUCCUCGAUAAUGUUGGUUCGGUUCGACUGUUGUCUUAAUUGCAAGUCAAUCUGAUGUAUUAGUGAUGUAUUAGUGCUGGUAUGAUUGCAACCUUGAUUGGUCUCUUUAUGGUGCGUAAAGUAGAGGUUUUAGGAAGAAGUUAGAAUGGUGGUGUGUUGUUUUGGUCAGUUUGUAAGUUUUUUGUAGUUGUAGGGGGUUGGGUGUAAAUUUGGAAUUCUUUUGGACCGAUAUUGAAACUAGGGAUGGUUGC